AUGUCUUACAUGGACACAUGGAAUAUUCCUCUUCUAUGCUUCGUCCUUGCAGGAAUUUAUGGGAAAAGCUCUAUCAACAUUCAUUUGAUUAGGUCAAUUGACCAAAGAAAACAGCCACCACGUUUUGAUCGUGGAGCAUUAGAAAAUCUUAUUAAUAAGGUUGACCGAAAGCUGACAAGUUCAAUGUUAGCACUUCAGACUAACAAAAGAAAUCAAACAGAUGAAGAAGAAUUAUCAGAGAAAGAGAAUGAAAAAGGUGGUGAGAUAACCGAACACUCUAAUCUUGAAGAGUCCGUAUCAAAGGACGAAGAAGGUGCUGAAACAAGACAAAAAUACUUGUUUCAAAACGUAUGUGACGAAGAAAAAACUACAGACAAAGGAAAAAUAUCAGACAGUUUGAAUGAAAAUGGUGGCGAGAUAACUGAACACUCUAAUCUUGAAGAGUCCGUAUCAAAGGACGAAGAAGUUGAUGAAACAAGGCAAAAAUACUUGUUUCAAAACGCAUGUGACGAAGAAACAACUGCAGACAAAGAAGAAUUAUCAGACAGUUUGAAUGAAAAAGGUGGUGAGAUAAAUGAACAUUCCAAUCUCGAAGAGUCCGUAUCAAAGAACGAAGAAGGUGCUAAAACAAGACAAAAAUACUUGUUUCAAAACGUAUGUGACGAAGAAACAACUGUAGACAACGAAGAAAUAUCAGACAGUUUGAAUGAAAAAGAAGAUGAUAAAGAGGAGACAGCAAAAGACACAGAGGAGACACAUAAGCGCGUGCUGGAUAGAUCAUUUCCGACAAUUAAAGAAUCUAUGGAUCCUGAACUAAUAGUAGAUUUUUUGAUACAAGACGAAGUUUUCCAGAAUACAGUCAUUCGUGAUAUCAUUGAACUAACAACUACAACGAAGAAGAACGAAAGAAUUAUAGAAAAGGUCAGACAAAGCGGCACCGAUGUAUAUAAACUUUUCAAAAAAUACCUUGGAAAAAGCCAACAGUAUCUUUUACUUAUGUUUAUUGAAAAGACUGAAAAAGGGGAAGAAACAACGGACAUACAAAACGAAUUGAAGGAACAGACUAGACGAAGAUUGAAAGAAAUGCGACAUCAAAAAUCAAUUGAGGAAACUUCUGUCAAUUUAGUGGAAGAACAAUUAGUCAUUUCCAUUCAAAAGAGAAAACAAUUCGAAGGAACAGAAGAUAUAGAGGAGAAAUUGGGUAUAUACACUUCAUCUUAUCCCAGUUCAGAGGAAUGCUGCAAUGUAGUUAAAUGCAUUUUUGAAGGAUCAAAAGAAAAAUAUUCAGAUCAACUAAUCAAAGCAGUUAAAGAUGUAGCCUCUAUUAUGAACGUAGAGGUCAAAGCAGCAUCUGUGGAUAAAGAUAAUACGGUUGUGAUGACUAUGGCGUGUGCAUCGUGUGAAGAAAUAAGAAAACUGUUAAAGAUACUGAAAGGGAAUGAAUUUAAAUCAAAAAUAGAAAACCUUAAAACUGUUCUCUCUAAAGAAUUCGACAUUGUCUGCGUCAUUCAUGCCAACGUAUCACAUGAAAAGAUAAAGGAAGUCCAACAGCAUUUGAUGGAACAGGGUGUCAUAAAUGAAACACACGCUGACGAUUUAUUCUGCGAAAAUCAUCCCCAACAACAGGCUGAGCUGUUUUGUCCCGAACAUGAUAAGUUUGUUUGUCAUAAAUGCGAAGAAAAGCAUAGAAUGUGCCAGCGUGUAAGACAAAUAACAAAAGAUGUGAGCACAAAAAUGUACAGAAUCAGAAGUGAUGAACCGGCAAAUAAAUUGUGUACGACAAUGAAACUUUGUACCCUACCUUCAGGUGAAAUUCUGCACAUCGACAAUGUAAACAAAAAGUUGAAGAAGCUUGAUUUGACCCAUAGCGUUGUAGGCCAAUGUACGUUUGAUAAGUCGAAAACUCCGUUUGACGUUUGUGCAAUUCAUGCCUCAAAAGCCUUUGUUACCUUUGGCCACCAGGUUUGUGAAGUUAAUGUUGAGGAUAUUGAUAUUCACGUAGAGAAGUUUUUCAAAACAAAGGCCCCUUGUUUUCGCUUAUACAGAAAAGACAGUGUCAUAUACUAUACCGACAACCUUUCCAUCUAUACGUGUGAUGAAAACGGAGAAAAUCAUAAAGAGUUACAUCAGUUUGGGCAGGAAAUUGUAUGUUAUGCCUUAGUUGUUAAUGAUGACAGAAGUAAGAUUGUUGUGGCUGCUGGGGAGGUUGGCCUUAUUAUAAUUGAUGCGAACAACCCAAAUCCGUCGACAGUAACACUACAGGAAUUACAGGGUUGUACUGAUCUAUGCAUAGUAAAAAGUGAAAUGCUUCUCGUGUGUGCGUCUGACACGUUAUUUCUAGUAGAUAUCAAACUUGGGAAGGUAUUGAAACAAGCUGCAAUUGGGUUGCGCUGCCCUAGGUCGUUUGCCUUUGACGUUAUAGACAAUUCGGUGAUCGGUGGCAAUCUAGGAAAUGAUUUCAUUUCAGUAUUUAAUGCAAAUAUUGAGUAUGAUGCUACGUAAGACGUAAUGGGUAUUCAGGCUGCAAUAAAGCGCCUGCGUAUGAACUGAAAUAACCGUGUGUCAUCUUAUGUUUAAUUUAGUCUAUUAUGUCAAGUAUUUACUUCAACUGAUUUGCUGGGAUAUUUAGUAAAUACAAUGUAUUUCUAUUGUAAUCAUUUGAACAUUUGAGAUUGUUGAACUCAGUUUAUGUGUACACUCAUCUUCUGGUUGUCGCUUACAUUUGUUUAUGAAGACAAAUCAUUUCUGUUUAUUAUUCUUGCUUUUCUUAAACAUUUUGUGUCAUAAAUAUUAUAAUAUCUCAUAAUUAAGCGAUUAUACUCCUGAUUUUGUUUGGCAAAGAAAUAUGUUUUUGUGUGGUGGGUUAUUAGGCUAUUAAUGAUUUGAAAAUAUAAUAAUAUUUAUAAAUUUGUCAUUGAAUAAAACAGUUUGACAGGUAAUUUGGUUAAACAGUACAUUUACAUAUCUCGCACACAUAUUUUAAUGUUUUAUAUGAUUCAUGUUUGUUUUAAAAUUCAAUAUUCUAUUCUUGUGUGUUUUUCAAGCAUCAUUUAUGAAUGGCAUAUUUAUUCAUUGUUGACAAUUUGGUGGUAUAUUUCAUAAUAACAUUAUAGAAAAAAAUGUUUUGUAGUCCCCUACCGGUUUAACCCGAGGGGACUUUACGUUUGGGCUCUGUUCGUCAGUCUGGCCGUCUGCCUGCAUUGUAUGAUAGGGAAAGUGGGCCAUUGAACUGUUAACAAAACUAAAAAGAACACUAUAGUUCAUUCUGCUACAAAAGAAUCGGGUGCAAUGGCACUUCACUAAACUAAACAAGAAUGAUUAUUUCUAUAACUCUGGUCUUAUCUUUCAUACUUUUUCUACUCCAGAUGUCAAGUAUAUGUUUCUUAAUUUCACACCUGACUUAGGAGAGUCAAUAAUCUUGCUUGACUAUUUCCAGAAUUAUGGCUCUCUUGAACUUGAAAUUAUUAUGUUUUACUGUAAUUUCAUUUCUUAAAGGGUAAACUUUAAUAUUUGAAAGCCCACAUCAUAUUAAAAUGACAAGGUUAAUAAAUCUAACGUCCAUAUUUCCAGAAUGAUCCCCUUUUAACUUUGAAGUGUCCUAUUUAACUCUAUAACUCUCUUAUUUUUUCAUGGUUUUGCAUUAAAAAUUAAAUAAAUGUUUAUUAUCAUCACCUACAUCAUCUGUAAUAAGAUGUAUUAGUCUAGCAUCUGGAAUUUUAUGAUUAUUUUAAUUUUGAACUUGAAAUUAGUUUGAAAUUUCUUACAUUUUUUAACUUUUCUUCUCUGUUACUAUAAAUGGUACUUACAUUACUCUUAAGACAAUUGUUCUUGUCAUAGCUCAUAUCAUGUAUGAAAAGGUUCAUUAGUGUAGAAUCUUUAUUCAAAACUUAAUUCCUCUUUAUUUUAAGAAUUUUGAUGAAAAUAUGUUAUAUUUUGGUUACAAUCAAGGAGGUUUAAAGAUUGGUCAUUGGUCUGUAAGUCUUUCUGUCCGUCAGUCCCUCAAAUUUUUAUCGUCUUUUAAAAAUCUUGGAAAUGUUUCAACAAAAUUUUAUAAAAUAGAGGAGAAUUGAAAUAAUACAUAUUCAUCUUAAGAAAAUGUAAAUUGGAUCUUUUGAUGAUCUGUUGUAUUAACAUUACUUCCUAUUUAGGCAGGAACAUUUUAACACCUUAAUAUGACACAGACAAACUAUGAACUCAAAAAGUCAUCUAUGUUUUCCAAAUUGGCAUCAUUGAAUGGCCAUGACCCUUCUGAAUGUUGCUGACAUAUUUCUUGUAGGGUUCGAACCGGUAUGGGGCUUUUUGUUUUGCCUGUAAGCUUUGAUAAUUGCCUGUUUUAUUUUUAAAUAAAUGAUUAUAAUAUUGCCUAUUGUUACACAUAUUACUAAAUUAUAUCAACACUACAAAGGGAAGAUACUCUGAUUAAAGCUUUUGAACCAGACCAAUGAAUCAUUCCCCGUGGAUUGAAAAUUCAUUAGUUAUAUGAAAUAGCUGGCGCUUUAUUCUGUUAAAUAAGUUAAUUCUGCCAAGCUUAUUCAUGUUAAAUAACAUGAAUGGAAAUGGUUAUGUAAAAGAUAUUAUUAAUGCCAUAAAAGUAUAUACGAAUGAUAUAUACUAAAACAGAAACCUGAAAAUUCCCUCCGAUUAAAAUUUAUAAAUAGACGAGAAUGUGCAUUACAUGCAUGCAUUUUUGUUCAUACGCAUUUUGAUUUAACAACAUUGAAAAAAUAAUAUUUUGAUUUUUAUUAAAAAACGAAAUCAUCAUUUCGCCAUUAUGAUAAUUUAGUAUAGUAAUUUUAUAUAUUCUAUUUG